UAAGUAUGGCCUGUUCAACUUAAUCUGUGAUAUAUAUAAAAAGAUUUAAAAUUUGGUUAGAUAAAAGAAAUGAUUUCCAAUUUACUUUGCGUUUUAAACCCACAGGGGAGAUAACUACGUUUACAGACAAAAGCCACAUUAAAGAAAAAUAAAAGUAUAUAAAUAAAAAAAUAAGUAAAAUAGAGAGAGAGAGAGAGAGAGAGAGAGAAAAAGCAAGGAGAGAGAGGAUUGAAGGGCACUUUACCACUUUUAUAUGUUGCACGCAUCCAUAGCAGGAAACAGAAGGAAGACAGAGUACUACAAAACCAGCAGAAGAGAAAAAGAAAAGAAGUGAAAGGGAAGAAAACCUACCAAAGUUAACCCACACAACACAAAACAGCACAACCAAGACGAUAAAAGAUGGUUCCAAAAUGAGUUCUUUCUUUUUUCUUGAUGCUGUACAAAAAUUUAUUACAAAACAAGAAGAAGAAGCUAAGGUCCAUGAUGUGUAUGCUCUGAAAUGGUUUCUUCCUGAUCACUUCUGCAUGCAUUCAUCAAACUGUCUCCUCCAAAAAAUCUAAUUUCAUCUUUUCCAAUACUAUUUCUUCUUUCUUGUUCAGCAACCUCUGCUCUGUCUUUGUAAGCAAAAAUUUCUGGGGUGGUGUGGGUGCUCUUGGUUCUUGAUUCUAGAAACUGGAGAGUUUUAGAUUCUUGUUCUUGAUUUUAAUAGAUGAAGGCCAUGCCCCUAGCCUUUGAGGAUUUUCAAGGGAAGGGGGUCUUAGAUUUUUCUUCUUCUUCUACUUCUUCUCCAGAUUCAUUGCAUCAGCUACUAUUGCCACCGCAAAGCCAACACCGUCAACAGAAGUGGCAAAACAGCAACCCCAAAGAAAUUUGCUGCUAUGUGGGCAGUGAGCCCACAUCUGUGCUUGACGCUAGAAGAAGUCCAAGCCCUCCAACAUCUUCCUCAACACUGUCUUCUUCACAAGGUGGUAGUAAUAGUGCUGCUGGCGGCGGCGGCCGCGGCACCUCCAUAGAAACUACCACCACCACCGGUGUGGCUGCUGCUGCAGUUUCUGGCAAUCUUUCUGUAGAUACAAGUACUGAAAAAUGUGGGCAACAGCAGCUUGGAAUGGAGGACUGGGAGGGUGUGUUACCUGGGUCUCCUAGUCAAGAACAAGAACAAGAACAAUCUAUUUUAAGGUUAAUUAUGGGUGACAUUGAGGACCCAUCUUUAGGAUUAAACAAGCUUUUACAAGACGGAAGUGGGUCUCAUGAUACAGAGUUCAAUGCUGGUUUUGGUGUAGUAGAUCAAGGUUUUGGGUUUGAACCUAUGAAUGGUGCUAACUUGGUAAACAGCAUUGACCCAAUUUCUUCAGCAUUUCCUCUUCUCAGCCAUAAUGCUAGGAUUGGUUCGGUUUUGAACCAAACCCAGGACCCAAAUCCGGCUACUACUUCAGCUGGUAAUAAUCUUUUGUCAGGUAUGUUUCAGCAUCAACCAGCAAUUGAAGCUAGAGAGGAGAAACCGCAGAUUUUCAAUCCACAAGUGAUAAUCAACCAAAAUCAAGCUCAUUUUAGCCAAAACCAAGCUAUGUUCUUGCCAUUGUCAUAUGCACAAUUGCAAGAGCAUCAUCAUCUCUUGUCGCCACCACCACCAAAGCGGCUUAAUUCUGGUCCGGUUGGAGCUAACAACUUUCAGGUUCAGAAACUUCCUUUUCCUGAUUCAAGGCCAGAGUUAUUUCUCCAGCGACAGCAACAGCAACAGCAUCAGCUUCAAAUGCUACAACAACAGCAAAGACCAGCAAUUAUGAAGCAAAAAAUUAUGACCGAUGAAUUGGCGGCCCAACAGCUUCAGCAGGCGAUAAUUAACCCAAUAUGCCAGGCAGCAGAGCUGAUCGAAACCGGCAAUCCGGCACUCGCGCAAGGGAUAUUGGCGCGGCUCAAUCACCAGCUCUCUCUCUCGAUCGGUAAGCCUCAUACUAGGGCUGCUUUUUACUUCAAGGAAGCUUUGCAGUUACUUCUUCACAUGAACAACACAGCAAACCCAUCUUCUUUGUCACCUUGUAAUCUUAUUUUAAAGAUUGGUGCUUACAAGUCUUUCUCUGAGAUCUCACCGAUACUUCAGUUCUCUAAUUUUACUUGUAAUCAAGCUCUCCUUGAGGCCUGUGAGGGUUCUGAUAGAAUUCAUAUUGUUGACUUUGACAUUGGCUUUGGUGGGCAAUGGGCCUCUUUGAUGCAAGAGCUAGCGUUGAGGAAUGGUGGUGUUUCUUCGCUAAAAAUCACUGCUUUUGUUUCUCCUUCACAUGAUGAAAUUGAGCUUGGUUUUACUCAAGAAAAUUUGAGAGUUUUUGCUGGUGAAAUCAAUAUGCCAUUCGAACUUGAAAUUUUAGGCCUUGACGCCUUGAAUUCUGGUUCUUGGUCAAUGCCGAUUCGUAUAUCAGAUAAAGAAGUAAUUGCUGUCAAUCUUCCAAUUGCACCCUUCUCUAAUUAUCCAUCAUCUCUUCCUGUGGUACUUCGCUUUGUGAAGCAGCUGUCGCCCAAAAUUGUGGUCUCUUUGGACAGAGGCUGUGACCGAACUGACCUCCCAUUUGCUCACCAUAUAAACCAUUCAAUUCAAUCUUAUUCAGGCCUACUUGAAUCACUGGAAGCAGUGAAUAUGAAUAUAGAUGCCUUGCAAAAGAUCGAGAGGUUCUUGGUCCAGCCAGCAAUUGAGAAAAUUGUCUUGAGUCGUCAUGGCCACCCAGAUAGGACGACUCCUUGGAAGAGUCUGUUUUUGCAGUCUGGAUUCACUCCAUUCCAAUUCAGUAACUUUGCUGAGUCACAAGCUGAGUGUUUGGUGCAGCGAACUCCAGUUAGGGGGUUCCAUGUCGAAAAGAGACAGUCUACGCUAGUUCUUUGCUGGCAGCGAAAGGAGCUCAUUUCAGCCUCAGCUUGGAGGUGUUGAGGAAUGAGAAUUAGCAUUUUGGAAAAUUGGUUCUGCCAAUUAGCCAUAGUUGCCGAGGUUCCUCAUAACUUACUGGUUUAAUUUCUCAUCUUUUUGAAUUUUGUUGUCUUUGUGGUUCUCUUAUGCUAAUUUUCUAUGUGCCUUAGGCUUAUUGUUUCCGAUGAAGAAACUCAACAUUUUAGUAACUUGGAUCAAUCGCUGUGUACAGUUCUUAUUUCCUGUCACUUAAGAUGUAACUGUUAUGGUGCUUUUCCUGUUCAAGAGGGUAAUUUACUCCUGUACACUUUACAACGUUGGGAAAACAAGAUGUGGAAAUCAGAAUUGGCAUUCAAAUCGUA